GACAGAACACAGAAACAGAAACGAAAACAACAACAAAAGAGAGAGAAGAACUGGAAACAGGAAACAAGAAACAAGAAACUCAAACCCAUCAACCAAAAAAACAAUCUUUUUCUCAUAAUCUCUUGUAAUUCACUUGUAAUCGAAUCCUUGAUUUAUUGGGUUUUUUCUUCUGGUUUUGUUUUUGUGUUUUGGCUUUCUGGUGGGGUAAUUUAGAAAAAGAAAGAAAAGCGAAGAGUGUUAAUUUAUGUAGAGGAAGAAGGAAGAUUUAAGGACUUGAGGUUUUGGGUUUGGUGAGAUGGGGCUGGGGAACAGUGAAAAUGACGUGAUCGUGGACGAUGGAGAUGGAGGAGGUGGUGGUGGAGGAUUGAAUGGCAAGUCGUUUGGAGGGUCAGUUUCAUGUUCGAUUUGUCUUGAAGUGGUUGCUGACAAUGGAGAUCGAUCAUGGGCCAAGCUUCAAUGUGGACAUCAGUUUCAUCUGGACUGCAUCGGCUCAGCAUUUAAUGUAAAGGGUGCAAUGCAAUGCCCUAAUUGCCGGAAAAUUGAGAAGGGCCAAUGGCUUUAUGCAAAUGGUUGUCGUUCACUGCCAGAAUUUAGCAUGGAUGACUGGGCUCAUGAUGAGGACCUUUAUGACUUAAGCUACUCUGAAAUGUCGUUUGGGGUUCAUUGGUGUCCAUUUGGCAGCCUAGCACGACUUCCUUCAUCCUUUGAGGAAGGGGAAUUUUCAUCAAACGCAUAUCAUGAUUUAUUGGGACAACAUCCCAUAUUUGGCGAACAUACCACGGCAGUAUCAUCUGCUACUCAUCCUUGCCCAUAUAUUGCUUAUUUUGGACCAAUUCACCCAUCAUCUUCGAACUCCAGUGGCAGUGUUUCAGACGUUUCUAGUUUUAACAGUCACUGGAAUGGUCCAUCAGUACCUAGUGAGAUCCCUAGUUCCUAUGCUUUUCCCGCCAUGGAUGUCCAUUAUCACAGUUGGGAGCACCAUUCUCCUCCAUUCUCUACGACAGGCAAUCGAAUGGGUAAUGCAGAUCAGCCUUCUGUUCCACCUGUUGCUCAAAGGUCAGCUAGAACUUCUUCAGAUCUUCCACCAAGAUCAGGAUCUUUCAUUCAUCCAUUCCUUGUUGGUCAUGGUUCUAGUGCUAGACCGGGGAGUUCAGUUACUUCCUCAAUGAUUCCACCGUACCAGGGCAGUAACGCACGAGCACGUGAUAGAGUUCAGGCCCUUCAAGCAUACUAUCAACAACUACAGCCUGGCAAUUCUCCACCUAUUCGCACACCAGUUGUUUCUGGAAGCCGAAGAUCCAGCAGUCAUAGAGGCAUGUCCCAAGUAGGAGCAGUGGCCUCAUCAUCCGAUCAGACUGGCUUCUAUUUCAUUCCAUCAGGAGCAUCAAGUCGGAACUUCCAGGAAGCAGAAAAUCCUCCUCCACCAACUCGAUUUCAUUCAUGGGAAAGAGAUCAUUUGCCGUCAUUCUCAUUAAAUCAGGUUGACAGAGAUUCAGGUUGGAGCACAUUCCAUCAGGCUGGUGGUGGUUCAGAUCCCGGCAUCAGAUUCCGCCAAAGGCAUGGAUCCGAGAGAAUGUCAUCACAAAAUCGGUGACACCUUUCAUUAUUAUCCUUAUUGGGUGAAGCAAACUACCACUACUGUGGCUGAAACCAAAUUAUGUAUGCUUGAGAAAUGACAUAUAAUGCUUGGAGUCUGUCGAUCCUGACAGACGCAAAAUACUGUUGAGUGGCCCUGAAAAACGAUCUGUUUGGCAGCCACCUGGCUGGGUGGUGGACUUUUGCUUCCUCUUGUUUCUUUGCCUUUUAGGAUAUAAAUAAGAUCAAAUGUUGGAUAGUGAA